AUGGCGGGAGACAGCGGAGGCUGUGGCGGCUGUGGCGGCUGUGGCGGCUGUGGCGGCUGUGGCGGCUGUGGCGGCUGUGGCGGCUGUGGCAUGGGCAGCAUGGGCAUGGGGGGCCCCAUGCAGCCUGUCGGCGGCAUGGGCAUGGGUAUGCCGGGAGCGAUGCCUGGAGCGAUGCCCAUGAACAUGAUGGGCAACAUGGGAAUGCAGCUCGGUUGA